AUGCCCAUAUUUGUACAAGACCCUAUAAAACCGUUCUUCAAUCACUCCGCUGCUUCUUUCUCCAAGGAUUUUGCAACUCUUUCCCUAUCCCAGAUGAACGCCUAUUUCGCCGUUUUCCUGCUCGCUGUGGCUCCAUUCGCAGUGUUCGCCUACGAAAACGCGGCAGACUCAGGUUGGUUCAAAAUCAUCUCAUUUUUGAAGCUAUAGGCAUUUCUGAUCAUCUACUGACUUUCAGACUUGACGGCAAACGGUCAGCGCUUCGCUCGGGACCUCCAGAACCAGAACAACAAGAAAUUCGCUUUCGCUUUCGCCAAGAGAGGUAAUGGAAAAGACAAGAUUGUGAAAAAAAAAAUGGAGCCGUUAAAAAGAAAUGGUGCUACAACGAUAUAUCGUGAGGUUUGACUUUCUACGGUGACCUUUACGCGCGAAACUUUAAAAUUUGAAUAUAUAUAUAUAUAUAUAUAUAUAUAUAUAUAAUCAGGAAUUUUCAACGAAUUAAAACAUUCUCGCUUAAAUCUCAUCGUAAAAGUUACAGUAACUCGUUGUAGGACCUAAUUUGUCUCCAGUUCUUGGAAUUCCAAUAUUGCCAAUUCAGCGAAAUUAUUUUGAAUGAAAAACGCAUCGAUUUUGAAAUCGUCUAUAUCACUUUGAACACUACAUGACUUGAAAGACAAUGAGGAAUUAAUAAUUGGAAAAAAAAAUGAAAUCAGUUAUAAUUCAGCUCAGAUCUGUCCCACGAACUCUAUCUAGGCUUUAAUCGCUUCAGAACGAAAAAUUAAUAAAUAAAUAAACGAGAAUUCCGAAACUUGAUGGCGAAAUAUAUGGAAAAAGGCUUUUUCAACUUGUCAUUUUUCAGGUGAUGAAGAUGCUGCUUCAAGAUUCGCGUGGUCUAGAAGAAGUGGGGAUUUUUUUCUAUCAUUUCAUUCAAAAAAUCACAAAAAUUUGUGACGCGAAACGAACGUGUCGGGGCAUUUCUAGUGACCACUUUAGUAGCGUCAACACUCUUAAGUGAUCCCUAGGAUUUUUCAGGAACCCGUAUCCGGUUCUCGUUACCGAGGUUCGAUGAAAUAAUCUUUAAAUUGGUAAUUUUCAGACGAGCAACCUUUCGCCUUCGCCCAACCCGAUACUGAAGAUUAUCGUUUCGCUUUCGCCAAACGACGAGGUGAAAAAAUAUCAUUUUUUGGAUGAAUAUUGAAAUUUUUCAGAAGCUGACAAAUUCGCGCGAUUCGCACGCGCAUCUUCUCGGUUUGCUUGA